AAAAAUCACACGGGGGACGCAAGCAUGGCUGUGGACAUGAGAUUACCGACUGUCCGAAGACAGAUAGCUCUGUCAGGAUCCCAGUCCAUGGACGGUAAACACUUGGUUGUUCCGGGAGAUGUUAUUACCUCCGACACAGGUUUUAUGAGGGGCCAUGGAACCUACAUGGAUGAUGAGAAGCUCACAGCCUCAGUGGCGGGGGAGGUUGAACGUGUCAACAAGCUGAUCUGUGUGAGACCACUCAAGACUAGGUUCAAUGGUGAAGUUGGUGAUGUGGUAGUAGGCAGGAUUACAGAGGUUCAGCAGAAACGUUGGAAAGUGGAGACCAACUCUCGGCUAGACUCUGUAUUGCUUCUGUCAUCAGUGAAUCUUCCAGGAGGAGAGUUGAGGAGGCGUUCGGCAGAGGAUGAGCUUGCCAUGAGGGACUAUCUUCAAGAGGGGGACCUCAUUAGUGCAGAGGUACAGUCUGUAUUUUCAGAUGGAGCCCUCUCGCUUCACACACGCAGCUUGAAGUACGGCAAGUUGGGACAGGGUGUACUGGUGCAAGUGUCACCCUCUCUUGUGAAACGACAGAAAACUCAUUUCCACAAUCUGCCAUGUGGAGCGUCCAUAAUAUUGGGGAACAAUGGCUACAUCUGGCUGUACCCUACACCAGGGCAGCAAGAUGAGGAAGCAGGGGGGUACUACACAAGCCUGGAGCCUGUUCCUCUGCCAGAUCGGGAGGUCAUUUCUCGGCUGAGGAAUUGUUUGCUGGCCCUGGCAGCCCACAAAGUGCUGCUGUAUGAUACCAGUGUACUCUACUGCUAUGAAUCAUCCCUCUCCCAUCAGAUCAAGGAUAUUUUGAAACCAGAGAUCAUGGAUGAAAUUGUGAUGGAGACACGGCAGCGACUUCUUGAGCAAGAAGGGUAGAGUGCUAGUAGUGGACAACAUGAAUUGAAUACAAGUACCGGGCAGCUGACUGCAGGCGUGGCAUUCCUCCAGACCUUUGCACACUAACAACAUGGAAAAAGUUGUCUUUUCACUCAGGGACAGCAAAGUUGUUAACAGUUAAAAGUGACAGUGAGUCUUGGCAUGUAGAAAUGUGUUCUUUUUUGUGUUCUAACCCUUCUCACCUAGAUGAGUUCUCUGAAUUCUUUGCUGUUCCUUGGCAUUUGCCUGACUGAGAAAGAAGACGCAGCUCAUAUUCAUCAGUUUCAGGGAGAUCCUCAGCCCUACAGUGUUUUCUCGGGCCACAUAUUACUUUCAUUUGCAGAUUUUGGAGGUGCUCGGCCUUGAGCGCUACCCUUGGAACAGCACCCCCAAUUUGGAGUCAUGUCUUUGAGCUCACACAUCAUUCAACUAAAAUACUGAGGCUAAAGUUAAAGGAGAAUUCCACCAAUUUUUCAAGAUAUCUGCACAAUUCAAUCGUUGAGAUGUAAAAUUAUUUAGAGUGCUUUUGUAUGAGGUGAAACUUACUCACUUGGAUUUCUUUACAGUGGUGGUGAUAGGAACAAAGGGCUGUUAUGCGUACAAUGCAAAUAUAGCCAUUUUAUUUGCUAUCCAGAAUGACCAGUAUGCCUACACACGUCUUCAGAGUUUAUAUAUAUAAUGUUGAUAAUGGUAAAAUAGUGGCAAAUACGAAAUAAGGUUUUAUUUGGGACUAUAUUGACAUACAAUGCCCUGUGUGUGUUUCUGUGCCCUGAAUAUAUUUAAAAAAAUGCAUUUCAAGGUAAAAAUGUGUCUCAAAACUAUUUAAAACGAUAUCUCAGACAUCAGGCAAUGUAUUUGUAACCAUUACAUUAAAAUACUUUCUGAGACCUAGCUUUAAGGUAUGAAACUCUUUGGAUGUCUGGUUUCUAUCAUUAUCGUUGUGAACUAUUCUGACUGAAAGUUUCUCUAGAAUAGAGCAUUUCACAUUAAACCACUCUGAAUGACUUUAGUUUAUCUUACCAAUUGAAUUAUGCAUCAAUUUUGGAAAAAGUCAUAAGAAAGGAUUCCUGCUUUUACAGCAGUAUUUUAUGAUAGUUUUGAUACAGUAUAAAGGUUUUGUAUAUAGAAGCGUUUUUGAUGCUUUUGAUUCUUGUUCAAUAAAUUGCAGUGCCUUUGACACAUGAA